AUGAAACUCCCUUACUCAACACUUACAUCUGCUUCCCUAUUAGCCGGUAGAGCAGCAACAGAUAACAAUCAAUGUUUCGGAAGUUCAACGGGACAACCUUUAUCUGAGGGCACAUACGCGGAACCACUCAGACCUCAAAUACACUAUACUCCUUCUGAAAACUUCAUGAAUGAUCCAAAUGGUUUGAUUUACGCUAACAACGUUUAUCAUUUAUACCAUCAAUGGAACAGCAAAGAGAACGUCCCCGGCUACCAAAAUUGGGGACAUGCUACCAGUGAAGACCUCUUACAUUGGGACCUCCAUCCUGCUGCAAUCACACCAGACAAUGACGACGGUCCAUUUAUUUUCUCAGGAAGUGCCGUCAUCGAUGAAAACAACACUUCCGGUUUGUUCGACGAAUCAACAUCACCUACAAACAGAUUGGUAGCUAUCUACACAGAGGCUUCAUCAGAGAAAAUACAGUCUCAGCAUGUUGCUUAUUCCACCGAUGGUGGUUAUACAUACACUAAACGACCAGAACCGGUGAUAGAUAUCAACAACCCGGAGUUUAGAGAUCCAAAGGUAUUCUGGUAUGAACAGGACUCUAAAUGGAUAAUGAUAGUCUCUUUGGCUUCCCAACAUCAAAUGAUCAUUUACGAAUCAAAGAAUCUCAUAGACUGGAAUGAAACAUCGAGAUUCGGUAACGUUGGUCAAUUGGGCUACCAAUACGAAUGUCCAGACCUUUUCCCACUCAAGAUCGAAGGUAGCGACGAAGAAAAAUGGGUUUUGAUCACAUCCGUAAACCCAGGUGCUAUCCGCGGAGGUGGAUCAGGUACUAGUUACUUUAUUGGUGAUUUCGACGGCAAAACAUUCACACCAAUUGACACAGCAGUCAGAGAAAUGGACUUCGGUUACGAUGACUACGCUGGUGUUACUUUCAACAAUGUACCAGAUGGCCGCAGACUCUGGAUUGGAUGGGCUAGCAACUGGCUUUACACUGGUAAUGUUCCAACAGAGCCAUGGAGAUCAUCCUUGACACUCGUUCAUGAAUUAUCACUCACUCAAGUCGACUUAACUGAUCAACAUCAAGCUUUAGCACUCAGACAUAAGCCAGUUGACCUUUCAAGUCUCAUCACUGAAACCGUCAAAGAAACAAACUCACCAAUGUCAUCCGACUCAAUUGAUUUCCCAACUAAAGGUGCAGUUGAUCUCUCAAUCGAUGUUUCAUUUUCAUCAGAAACAGAGGCAUCAAAAUCUUCAAAGUCAGCAUCACGUAUUACAAUUGAGAGUGAGGAUGGUGUAAAUUCAAUCGAGUUUGGUGUUCAAUUUUCCGACCACAUUGUUUACGUCAACAGAGCUAAUUCUGGUUGGUCCGCACCUACAUUUGGCUCUCUUGGUGCAACUUCUAUUACUAUCCCAGAUGAUAACAAAGUCAACUUGAGAGCAGUAAUUGAUCACUCUCAAAUUGAAUUAUUCGUUCAAGAUGGUAUUCACUUCGCUUCAAUGGUCUUCUACUUCCAAGACGGUCGUGUACCUGCACGUCUUCGUUACGAAAAUGAAGAAGGCGUCACAAUUGACCACCUCAAGUUAGACGCUUUGAAGAGUAUCUGGGAAUGUUAA